AGCAUGCGCACAACAUGUUGUAAACAAUGAGACUAUUCCAGACCGUCUCUAGCUUUGUGUCUAUCCCACAGUAUAUCGGUGCAAAAUUAACAAGGGUUUCCACCCCCUGCUUCGUGUAUAUAAAUAACAAUGUUCAUUGGUAAGUAUAGGGACACGUUUGUUACUUGAUGUCAUCCCGUACAAUUUGAUUUUUAUCGACGUCUUCACUAAGAUUGGUCGCGUUACACACCGUAUGACAUACUCGGGCGUGACAGCGUGCGAAUGAACCGACUAUUGUCCCAGCAAGGGAGCUGAAGCAUGGAGGUGGUUCUGAGCAGGCUGAGGGGGCUGAGUGACGAUGAACUGCGCAAGGAGUUUGCCCGAGCAGACCUCAAGUGUGGUCCCAUUACCACUACCACUCGAGCCACCUUUGAGAGGAAGUUAGCUCGAGUGCUGGCCGGGCCAGAGAGCAGCGUGGCUGAAACGGACAACAGCUCGUCAGCAGGGGUCUUGGGCGGUGCGGCCUCCAAUGCAGAUUAUGCCAAACCUGUGUCAUAUGCCACAUCAGCAGUGGCACCCACCACUGCUGCAAGAUGCAGCAACCUCGCUGAGGGAUCCAGCGAAGAGUUGGACUUUGGUUACGGUGUGGGUCUCAACCCUCCAGAAGAAGAGGAGAUCUCGGUAAACACAUCCCCAAAUAGCUCUGCAGAAGGCAAAACGCAAACCCCUUCAAAGUCAGCGCAAGUGUCCCCAGUCUCUUAUUUUGGAGUGUGUCCACUUUUGGAAGAUGUUCUGGCUAGAAAUGAGAGGGCCCACGUGUACACAGAUAAGAAAGAUGCACUUCAAGCUGUCAAGACGAUGAAGGGAGCCCGCUUCAAAGCCUUCCCCAACCGUGAGGAUGCUGAGAGGUUUGCGAAAGGGAUCUGUGACUAUUUUCCCUCUCCCAACAAAUCUACACCAUGUGUAUCUCCUGUCAAACCAGGCCUGGUCAUUAGUAAAGACAACAUGGAGGUCGAUGCCAUCAACCGGGAGCGAGCCAACAGUUACAAGAGCCCACGCCCCCAAGACCUGACGGGCAAACUGAGGAAAGCUGUGGAGAAGGGUGACGAGGCGACCUUUAAGGAGCUGGUCUGGAGCAACCCGCGCCAUCUCAUUGGUUCAGGGGAUAAUCCCACUAUUGUGCAGGAGGGCUGCCGGUAUAACGUAAUGCACGUGGCAUCCAAGGAGAACCAGGCAGGAAUCGCUCAGCUGCUGCUGGACACGUUGGAAAACCCAGACUUCAUGCGCCUCAUGUAUCCAGACGACAAGGAAGCUAUGCUGCAGAAACGAAUCCGCUACAUUGUAGAUCUUUACCUCAACACUCCAGAUAAGGCUGGCUUUGAAACCCCGCUCCACUUUGCCUGUAAGUUCGGGUGCCCAGACGUGGUCAAUGUCCUGUGCUCGCAUCCCGACAGCGAUAAGACCUGCAAGAACAAGGAAGGCCAGAAGCCGUGUGAUCUCAUUUGUAGCAGAAGAAAUAAAACCAAAGAGGUGAAGGAGAAAAUAAGUGAAUAUUUGGAGGAUCGGUGCUAUAUCCCUUUGCUGAGGGCCACCGACAACACCUCUCAGCCCAUCAUUGGUGGCCUGUGGUCGCCCGAGUCCUCAGAAAGUCUCUCGCUGACCCAGCGGCAGGCGAGAAGCCCAAUGGAUCCUGUGAUGACAGUCGCAGCCUUCGCCGGCCCACUGAGUCCUUCUAAAGCGGAUGAUUUCCGUCGGGCCUGGAAGACGCCACCCAGAGACAGGGCGGAGCGCUUGCGCCAAAUCCUGAAGUCUGACCCCGACCGAGGAGUAGAGCGAGUGGGCAGAGACCUAGCACAUGAUAUGGGCCACCCAUGGGCCGAGUACUGGGACUUUCUCGACAGUUUUGUGGAUCUCUCGUCAGCCGAGGGGCUCCGCAAGCUGGACGAGUACCUUGGCAACAAGGACUUCAGCCCACGGGCUCACGGAGAGGCCAGAGAGAACGAGACCAGCAACCGGUUCAGAACGCCCUCUCCCGGCAAGCUCAAAAAGUUCUGCAACUCCAUCUCCGUUGGUGCCUUCCUUGACGAGGGCGACGACAUCAGCCUCGAGGAGAUGAAGAACCGGCAGAACGCAGCGCUCACCAGCAUCACGUCCUCUGCGUCCAAGGACUGCCUGAAGGGAGCAGUGGGCGGCCACGAGUUCCACAUCCUGCCCAUGGCGCUGCACCACCGCGGGGCCGACCUGAUCGAGACGGCGGCGGAGCAGGACCCGCUGCGCUGCUGCGGCGGCGGCCUGCUGACACACGGCAUCGUCUGCAAGAACGGGCUGUGCUCCUCCUCCAGAGACGGGACUCACAACGGAGAACAGGUGACGUCUCGCACCUCCCCGUCCUCCUCCUGCCUGCUGUCGCCCAUCUCCAACCUCAUGGCGGAGUUCGAGCGCAUGUCUCUGCAAGAGCCGCAGGGCCGCCCCGCCGACUCCAGGGAGCGGCGGAGCAGCGGCGGGAGCCGACAUAAGGAGGUCCGGGACUCCCGCGGCUCCUCUUCCUCCUCCUCCUCCACGGCGGCGGAGCUCAGCGGCGGGCUGAACCGCCUGUCUCUCGGUCGCAGCGUUCAGGACGAGGAGAGCGCGGAGGCGCCGGGCCGGAGAACCGAGGGAAGAGGGACGAAGGAGCGGCGCGUCAGCGGCAGCUCAGAGGAGUUCUUUGAAGCACAGGAGAGUCUGGAGGCGUUGGGCAGGACUAAGGGUCCGGUGUCGGGGGGGCGCAACUUCUGCGCUCGGUCCAAGUCAUGGGACCAUGGGGGGAGGGACCUCAGCAGCUCAGGGUCCUCCGGGUCCUCCUAUAAGUCCUUGGACAACUCCAAUGAGUUCCUACCCAGGACCCCGCCGCACAUUUGGAGAGGACUUUUCAUCGAAGGGGAUUCACCCUCCAGGUUGGACAGAGAGGUCAUGUCGGCAAUAGAGGGUUCAGACCUCGAUCCCGUGAAGUAUCCCAGCAUUCACAAGUGGAAGAGCACAAUGAAGUCAUACUCGGCUUCCGACAUGCUGAGCUGGCCCAGCCCCGCGGUGGUAAAACCACGCCUCAGGACGCCGCAACAGACCCUCGGGUCCCCGGUCGGUGGCCAGAUGUCUCCCAGCGGUCGCUUCAGUCCCGCCCGGCACGCCGCCUCGCCGGACUUCAGCCCCAGCCGUUACAGCCCUGCCAACGCCAGCUACAUCCAGCGCAUCCGCCUCAAGCACUUGAACGGGCCGGCGGUCUAACCGACCACUUCGCCCGACCCCCAAACCCCCCCCCCGUCCCACUAACUCCAGCCGCACAGAGGUGGCUACAAACCCUAUAACCUAACAGAAAUAUGCACAAGUGUUUGGAAGAUUUGUAUUCAUGAUGCUCGGUACUGCUCUUAUGUUAUACAGGAAUUCUCAUCACGUUGGGUUGUGAUGUAAACUCAAGACACAAAAAAAACAGGGGAGAAGAAAAAAAAGACGUGAUAAUUUAUGUACUGUACGAAUGUGGGCCGAGUUGAAUUGACGGUAAUGUUAUUAGUGUGAACCACCUGUAUCAUAGCCCGAGUCAACCUUUUUGAAUCCUCAACAGAAUUCUGUCACUGAGGAUAUUCUUAAAAAAAAAAGAAAAAAGUAAAUUGUCAAUAUUUUAAAAGUUAUUUUUUUGUAUGUUGGUCAGUAGCACAAAAAUGUAAUGUUUUUAAAACCGACUGCCAUUUCCUAUGUUUUCCUUAGUUCAGGAAUUGCCUUAAUUUUCUGAAUGGAUGGACCAGCUCUUUGUUUGGACGCACUCUCUAGCUCAUUCAUGAAAUAUCUGGAACUGGUCAUUCACAGAUGAUUAGGGGGGAAACGGGAUAAACUGAUUAGACUGAAAUCAUCCAUGUUUUUAAUUUUGUUCAAUAAAUGCAUACAUUUUCCAUCUCUCCUCAGUGGUUCCUGGACAUAUCUUGUCUUUUCCUUUGUGCCACAACCAGCGGCCUUAGACCACCUGUAAUCACAAGAGGGCCGAAAGACUGCACAACUCAGAAAAUAAAAUGUGCUUAUAAUAGACAUCUGCCUUAUGCUUGCAGAGAACCAACUGAUUAGAAGAGCGCUGCAUAGUCUUGAUUCCCAGGGGGAUCGGCAGAAUUUGCGACCUUUUUCACUUUAAAAAAGCGUAGUUUGAUACAGUGUUCAUUUCUGAACCAGCACUAAGGAGUUUAAUGGCUAAGCUGUGUCAUUAAUCUCUUUAAUGGUUCAAAUUGGCUUCAGUAAACUCAUACGUGACAGGUACCAAUGGAAUUUGAAUGUACUAAAGCUUGCUGUAUUGUUAAAAGAUAAAUUCACUGCUGUAGGAGGGCAUAUCGGAUACAUCGGGACAAACAUGGCCAAUCAUUUAAAAAUAUUCAGUGCUCUGAAUGUAGUUUUCGUAAACUAAACCUUUAUCCAGAAGCACAAACUUCCCUGAGAAGAUUGUACUGUUAUUCUUGUGCUCUCAGGUGGUAACUCAUCUAAAUCUGGUCUCUGAAUGUUUGUAAACGUUGAACUUUGCGAAAAGUUACCACUUGUUUUUAGCAUUCUGUGCUUUAUUAAAAGUGGAUAUUCAUAGUAAAUUCUUUCUGUAUGUCUCAUUGGCUUUCAAUAAAACACUCAUACCUAAUUGCUAAUGUGUACUUGAUUUUUCAACUUAAAAGAAAUAUCCAAAUAAUCAUUUCCUUUUAUUAACUACAGCUGCACCUUACAACAUAAUUAUCUUCACAAAUCAACCUACUGUGAUGAGCGAUGUAACGCUAAGACCAAGAUUUGCAUUUACAACAACUAUACAAAUACAACUUUUUUUUUUUUGGUUUAAAAAU